UAUAAAUUCUUGUCAUUUGCUCAACCAUGUGACAUUUCUUUCCUUGCUUGAUAUCACGUUUUUAUUCUUUAGUUUCCCAUUUCCACGGUUGGUUUUCUAUGUUUGAGCAUUAUUUUCUUAUAUAAUUAUCUCCUCUUGUCUUUCUUUUUCUACCACCUCAUCUCUUGUAAAGAAAACUAAUAUUAUGCAACUGUAGCUAUAAAUAAAUGUUCAAAUGUUCAUGAUAGAUAUUUCCCGCGUAAUUCACCACUCCACAACCCGUAUCUCUCCCUCUCCCUUAUUAAACUCUAUUUAUGUUAUGGACUUCUGAAAAUACAAAUAACACACCAAACAACACAUAUACACUAGACUUCUAUACAUAAAAAGCAAAAAAACGAAUAAAUACAUCCAAAAAUACAUUAGAAACUGCAUACAUUAACCUAACAAACGUAAUUAGAGUUUUAUACAAGAACACGAGAGGCCGCCGGGUGGAGGAAGGGGGACUUAACUAAACAAAAUCAGACAAAAACACCCCCCCCCCCGAAGACCUCCAGGAUGCGCCUCACACCCCUCAACCUGCGCGCCAUAUACCUCAUUGACAACAAGACCCCGAAGAACGGCCGCCGCGCUGCCUGCACCCCCUUCCCCUUCAACGGCUGCCUGCCCCUCACACUCAGGGAUCACGUCUCCGGCAAGGGCGACAAGCAGCAGAGUAAUGCUUGUCUUCAGGAGAUGGCUAUUAUGUUUGCCUGCUUCAAGAAGAAUGACUUCUCUCAGGCAGCGUGCAGCAAGGAGAUAGACACAUUCCAAGCGUGUCACCUCAACCACAUGAUCACCGAGUCCAAGAAGAAAGACCAAGAGCUUAACAGUCUUAUGCCCCACGGAGAGAGAAGACUCAACCACAAGCAGCUCAAUCAACUGUUGAGGAAGUACAGACAGCCCCAGUAGCAUAAGGAGUCACAGUGUACAUAGUAGAAUAAAGCCCUGAUUACACA